CGCCCCGAGCGGACGGCGUCAUGAGGCACCUGCCGUACUUCUGCCGGGGCCAAGUGGUGCGGGGCUUCGGCCGCGGCUCCAAGCAGCUGGGCAUCCCUACAGCUAACUUUCCUGAACAAGUAGUAGAUAACCUUCCAGCUGAUGUAUCCACUGGCAUUUAUUAUGGUUGGGCCAGUGUAGGAAGUGGAGACGUCCAUAAAAUGGUGGUGAGCAUAGGAUGGAACCCGUACUACAAGAAUACAAAAAAGUCCAUGGAAACUCAUAUCAUACAUACCUUCAAAGAAGACUUCUAUGGGGAAAUCCUUAAUGUGGCCAUUGUUGGCUACCUCAGACCAGAAAAGAACUUUGAUUCUUUAGAGUCACUUAUUUCAGCCAUUCAAGGUGAUAUCGAAGAAGCUAAGAAACGACUAGAUUUACCAGAACAUUUGAAACUUAAAGAAGACAAUUUCUUCCAGGUUCCUAAAAGCAAAAUAAUGAAUGGCCACUGAAAAAUCACCUUAUUAUUUAUUAAUUCACUGUUUUCUUGUAUUUCACUGUUCAUAACUAUGCAGUCUCAUCUUGGUUAUAUUUUGAAAAUCUAACAUUUUCCUUUAGCUCUGAAUUUGUUUAAACAGUACAAUGUAAUUACCAUAUUAUGCUUCAGCUGUUAAAUUAAACCCAUCAUGUUAUGGUACUAAAAAAAAAAGAUUCAUUAAAAUUAAGGUCUUUUUAAAUGAAAUAUGUUGAUUAAAUUGUACCACCACAAAGGUAUUGUAAUGGAAAUGAACAGUAUGUAAGUAUGGGCAAAAAGGCAAGUAUGAAGUGAGACCUGUGAUUCUCAUGGUAAAAUGCUGGCAUAUGUACUUCAUAGCGCAUGCUGCUAAACAGAGGCUUAUAAAAGUCACAAAUGAAGUGACAGUUUGAUAGAUUAUUGUAAACCCAAGGGAAAAAUUCAGGCUUUGUGUGAAGACUUUUGUUUUAGUCCUGUCUUUUAUGUGGUCACAUCGUGCCAUUUUAAUUUUUGUAUAGAACUGCCUCCGUUUUAAGUGGCAUAGACUCCCUCUAUUGUUUUUGUUUUUUAAAAUAGUGUUUUCAGAUUUGUAGGUCUCCAUUUUGUAUUGGAAAACCCUUUUUUCUUUUUAAGAGUUGACCUUCUCGUUCAGCACUUUUCUUGACUUUGAUUCUUUUUUCCUUCAAGUGAUUGUGUCAGUUUAUUCCAUUUAGAAUAUCCUCUAGUUGUAUACCUAAAAGAGACUGCAUCGCUACCAUUCCAUCCUUUCACUCUCAGAACAGUGACUGAGUACAUGUAUGUAUUGCAUUCUUAGAAAACACAAAACAAACUUGAUCUUUCAGUUUCUUCAAGCUUUAAAUAGACACAUAAGUGGUUCAUUUAUAUGUACCGAUUUCCUUAAGAACACAAAAUGCUUGUUUUCUCCCCAGGGAAGCUAUUUAAGAGCCAAUAAAACUAUGAAAUAGUUGAAAAAUUAUUUAUUUUUUAUGUAAUUACAUGUUCCAGAGUAAAUCUAAACUGUUGCAGUUGUGUGUACAUAUUGUAAUUUAAUGCCAAAGAGUGCUUGAGUAAAAAUCUUGAAACUUUA